AAUUUUUAAUGUAAAUGCAUAGCCUAGUCUUGCUGAAUUAUUCUAGGAAUUUAAUCUCUUCCCGCUGAAUAGAGGGGUAGUAGAUUGUUGCCAUCGUAUAAUAAUCUAUCUCAUUUCCGGAUUUGAGUCAAUUUCACGCAGAUAGGAAUUCCUAACUGACUCACAGAAAUCCCAGCUAAAAGAAAGGAAUUCCUAACAGACAGAGAGAAAUCCCAGCUAAAACGUUCCUGCUCAUACAAAGAAUUUCUUGAAAGAGGGUUGAGCGAUGUUGUUGGUGAAGAGAGGAGCUCAAACACUGGCCACUGCUCAUUUUCAUGCUCUCACUUCAUUCACUUUGAUGCCUCCAAUUGUAAGCACCCCAAAUUCUCUUUUUCAUUCUCAUUUUCUUCUUUUCUCUACUAAACCUAACCCUGAUUCACAGCCCAAACCCCCCUUUAUUCCUUCUCCAUCCACCACCCAUCCCGAGCUAAAACAAUUGCUCUAUCAUAAAUCUAAGGUUGGUUUCGAUAAACUAGAAGAUGCGCUGCUAGUGUUCGAUAAAAUGCUCCUUCUGAAAUCUGGGCCUCUUGUUCUGCAGUUUAACCAACUGUUAACUGCCCUUGUUCGGAUGAAAGAAUACUCUGUAGCCGUCUCCAUGUUUAGAGAAUUGCGUGUUUUAAGCAUUCCUGUUGACAUUGUUACUUUUAAUACUGCCAUCCAUUCCUGUUGUCACUUGAAUACACUUGAUUAUGCCUUUUCGUUGCUUGCUGGAAUCAUCAAGAGUGGUUGGGUGCCCGAUGUCUUUACCUACAACGCUCUCAUCAAGGGCCUUCUAUCUCAAGACAGGCCUUUGGAGGCUGGGGAUUUGUUUAACAAGCUUAUAACAUAUGAAGAAAUUCAUCCUGAUGUAGUUACUUAUAACACCGUCAUUGAUGGUCUCUGCAAAACUUCAAAUACCUCCAUGGCUCUCAAGCUGUUAAGAAAGAUGGAGGAGAUAGGUUGCAGACCCGAUACUAUAACUUAUACCUCGAUUAUUGAUUCUUUGUGCAAAGAGAGACGAGUCGAUCAUGCAUUGGAUCUUGUGUCUGAAAUGACCCACAAAGGCAUAUCACCUAAUGUCUUUACCUACAACACUCUCAUCAAGGGCCUUCUAUCUCAAGACAGGCCUUUGGAGGCUGGGGAUUUGUUUAACAAGCUUAUAACAUAUGAAGAAAUUCAUCCUGAUGUAGUUACUUAUAACACCGUCAUUAAAGGUCUCUGCAAAACUUCAAAUACCUCCAUGGCUCUCAAGCUGUUAAGAAAGAUGGAGGAGAUAGGUUGCAGACCCAAUACUAUAACUUAUACCUUGAUUAUUGAUUCUUUGUGCAAAGAGAGACGAGUCGAUCAUGCAUUGGAUCUUGUGUCUGAAAUGAUCGUUAAAGGCAUUCCACCAAAUGUUAUAACCUAUACCAUAUUAAUUCAAGGUCUUUGCAUCUCUAGCCGAUGGGAGGACAUUGAGCCAUUGUUAAGUGAGAUGGGUGCUCAGAAGAUCCGUCCUGAUUUGCAUACCUAUAGUAUAUUAGUUAAUGCAUACUGCAAACAAGGGAGGACAAAAGAUGCACAAGAUGUUAUUGAUAUUAUGAUCGAGAAAAGUGUACCUCCUGAUGUAAUCACCUACAGCACACUAAUGGAUGGAUAUUGUUUAACAGGCAAAAUGGACAGGGCGCUAGAGGUGCUGAAUACCAUGAGGAGUAAUGGGAUAGCUCCAGAUUGUUAUAGCUAUAGUAUAUUAGUUAAUGCAUACUGCAAACAAGGGAGGACAAAAGAUGCACAAGAUGUUAUUGAUAUUAUGAUCGAGAAAAGUGUACCUCCUGAUGUAAUCACCUACAGCACACUAAUGGAUGGAUAUUGUUUAACAGGCAAAAUGGACAGGGCGCUAGAGGUGCUGAAUACCAUGAGGAGUAAUGGGAUAGCUCCAGAUUGUUAUAGCUAUACCAUUCUGAUAAAUGGCUAUUGUCAAGGAGGGUUAUUUGAGGAAGCAAAGAUAUUACUUUCUGAAAUGGAAACUAGUGGUUGUUUGCCUGACGAUGUGACUUACAACACGAUCAUCCGUGGAAGCCUUUUGAAUAAAAGAUACGAAGAAGCAGUUGUACUGAUUGAGAACAUGCGAGCUCACAAUUUCUCAGCGGAUGCAUCUACCACAUCCAUGGUAGUCGACCUAUUACCUAAAGAAGAACAGAAAGAACAGGAAGAACAGGACCCUGCCGUUCUUGCUUUUGCCAAAUGGUUUCUGCAAUCAAUGGCUGGCAUGUUGGUCAAGAGAGGAGCUCUAUUUCAUGCUUUCACUUGUUCAUCUCUUUUUCAUUCUCAUUUUCUUCCUUUCUCUACUAAUUCAGAACCCAAAAGGCCCUUUAUCCCAUCUUCAUCCACCACUCAUCCGCAACUUCAGCAGUUACUUUAUGAGAAAUCCAAGGUUGGUUUUAAUAAACUUGACGAUGCUCUUGAGGUGUUUGAUAAAAUGCUUCAAAUAAAACCUCUGCUUCCCGUUAUUAAGUUCAGCCAACUCUUAACCGCCCUUGUUCGGAUGAAAGAAUACUCUGUUGCCGUCUCCAUGUUUAGAGAAAUGCGUGUUUUAAGCAUUCCUGUUGAUAUUGUUACCUUUAAUACCAUCAUCCAUUCCUGUUGUCACUUGAAUACACUUGAUUAUGCCUUUUCGUUGCUUGCUGGAAUCAUCAAGAGUGGUUGGGUGCCCGAUGUCUUUACCUACACCACUCUCAUCAAGGGCCUUCUAUCUCAAGACAAGCCUUUGGAGGCUGAUCAUUUAUUUAGGAAGCUUAUCAGAUUUCGAGAAAUUCAGCCCAAUGUAGUUAUGUAUAGCACCAUCAUUGAUGGUCUCUGCAAAACUUCAAAUACUUCCACGGCUCUCAAGUUGUUAAGAAAGAUGGAGAAUUUAGGUUGUAGACCCAAUGCGAUAACUUAUACCUCGAUUAUUGAUUCUUUGUGCAAAGAAAGACGAGUCGAUAAUGCAUUGGAUCUUGUGUCUGUAAUGACACACAAAGGCAUAUCACCUAAUGUUAUAACCUAUAACAGCUUACUUCAAGGUCUUUGCAGCUCAGGCCGAUGGGAGGACACUGAGCGUUUGUUAACUGAGAUGGGUGUUAGGAACAUCCCUUCAGAUUUGCACACCUAUAAUAUAUUAGUUGAUGCAUACUGCAAAGAAGGGAGGACAAAAGAUGCUCAAGAUGUUAUUGAUAUUAUGAUCGAGAAAAGUGUACCUCCUGAUGUUAUCACCUACAACACACUAAUGGAUGGAUUUUGUUUAAGAGGCAAAACGAGCAGGGCAUUAGAGAUUCUGAAUACCAUGAGGAAUAAUGGGAUAGCGCCAGAUUGUUAUAGCUUUAACAUUCUGAUAAAUGGCUAUUGUAAGAGGCAGGAAGUAGACAAAGCCAUCAAUCUCCUCAGACAAAUGCCUGUUGAAGGUAUAAAAGCCGAUGUUCAAACCUACAGCACCAUCAUACAUGGUCUCUUUCAGAUGGGUAGACAUAAUGAUGUGCACAACCUUUUCCAUGAAAUGCUAAAAAAAGGUAAUAAACCAGAUAUUGUAACAUGUCGAAUUCUGUUGGAUGGCCUUUUUAAGAACCGAUACAUUGAUGAAGCAAUUUCCUUGUUUCGAAUGAUGGAAUGUAAAGAUACAGUUCAUGAUAUUCAAAUACAUACUAUCGUCAUCGAUGGUCUCUGCAAGAACGGAAAACUUUAUGAGGCCAGAAAUAUUUUUGAUAAGCUUGCUUCGAGAGGUUUGCAACCUAAUGUCAUAACACACAACAUAAUGAUCAGAGGACUUUGUCAAGAAGGGUUAUUUGAGGAAGCAAAGAUAUUACUUUCCGAAAUGGAAACUAGUGGUUGUUUGCCUGACGAUGUGACUUACAACACAAUCAUCCGUGGAAGCCUUUUGAAUAAAAGAUACGAAGAAGCAGUUGUAUUGAUUGAGAACAUGCGAGCUCACAAUUUCUCAGCGGAUGCAUCUACCACAUCCAUGGUAGUCGACCUAUUACCUAAAGAAGAACAGAAAGAACAGGAAGAACAGGACCCUGCCGUUCUUGCUUUUGCCAAAUGGUUUCUGCAAUAGGAGGAUUCGAAGAUAGAAGCUUUCAGGGUCAAAUGGAAUCGAGGAAAUUGAAGAAAAUUCCAGCAUUUUUCAAGCCUUUUGUUGCAGAAGAUAGGGAACGACGACUGUUGAUCCCACCAUUCUUCU